UGCGCUCAAACCAAUUGAAAUACCGUUUCUUACAUUUUUUUUCCGAUUGGAUAUACCGAAUAUUGAAAUUAAUAAUAGUAUAAGCUAUGUAUUUCUGUAGAAAGUUUUCAAACUUUAUUACGAUAUCAGUCGGUGCUACAUUCGAUCUAAACGCCAUCUGAAAUUUAAUUCGAGAAUAUUACAUCAGAGGGAGCCACGAAGUUGGGAAACGACUUUCUUUCAUAUUUUGUCCGCUACUUUUUAACGUUGCUUUCCAUGCCUUUCUGUUUCACGUGAACGGUCGAGAAUACUAUUGUGAGAAUAUUUAGUGUUUUGCUGUGAAUUUUGUGUGACACUCGCAGAAAAACCAAGGCAUGCCUAUUAACUUGAAGAGCGUACCAACGUGCGGGCAUUGUGCUUUGUGGUAAAAUUUGCAAAGAUUCAAAAAUAAUUAGAAUAGAGUUUUGAACAUUUAUCCAUACUAAGGUUGGUAACAAAAUUUUCAUUGUUCAGGAGUUUACGUUACGCGUUCGAGAGACAAAUAUGCUACAGCAGAUAUCAAAGUAGCAGUAUAAAAAUUAGAAAUGAACUUGCACUUAUUAUUCUUGCAAUUUUGGUUACAUUUCCCUCUUGGAAUUUCGUUAGUAGUGGUAUAGCAGAUACCGUUAUCAAAUUUUUAAUCGCAAUCGAGUAUGGUACUGUAAGAGUGUUUUCAGAAAAAGUAAAAUUUGGUAGGACCAACGAAGAUUUGUUCUUCCAGAAAAUCUUAAUGUUAACCGUUAUGCAUCUAGCGCAAAUCGACGCUUGCAUUUUUGUAAUUAUAUAUUUAAAAUUUUAAUUAAUUCGUAUUCUAUACUCGGUUACAAAGAAUAUCGUAAAUCUGUAAUAUUCGCUUGUAAUAGUUAAUGGCAGAGAGGAAAUUAAUGGAAACUGUACUUCAACUUGUUAAUCCGAAUAUCAAAAGUUUUAAAGUUAAUUGGAGUACACAUCAGUUUUGGAACUUAUGGACAUAUGCCAUCAAUGUCUUGGCUGUAUUAGCACCUAAAAUGCCAGAAGAAUUCGUAAGAUACGACGGUACGAUUAGAUUAUUAAUGUUAUUGGAGUGGAGUUUAAGUACAAAUUUUGAUGCAGAAAUAAUAAUGAAUUGUACAAAAACAAUUUGUACAAUUAUUCUAAACAGUAAUAUAUUUUUAUUAGAGAAUUUUCGGGAAUAUGGAACAACGUUGUCGUUAAUUAGUUAGUUUAUCUCUCCAUUGACCUUUAUUUAUUUACCAUUUCGAUAUCAUAGAAUAAUGUUAUGUAUUUAACAUAGUACAGAAGUAAUAAAUCGUAUUUUGAACUUUGAGAAAAUUACAACAAUGGCUCAAAGAAUUUUAACGUUGGCGUUAACAUCGCUUGAAAGAUUUCUGAGAAAACAAAAACUUUACCAAGAAAUGUAUGGAGAACAAAGUAUUAUAUUUAUUAUGGAACUAUUAUUCCAAUGUUUAUAUCAGAAAAAUAAAGAAAAUCAAAUAGAUCAACGUCUUUUACUAGCGAUAGGUUCGUACAUAUGGGAAUGUAUAGUAUGGUGUCCAGUGAAUCUUGAAAAAUUUAUCAAAUACGGAGGAGUAUACGUUAUUCUUGACAUCAUUCAAAUCGUUCCAUACCCGUCGCAAUGUCUAUUUCUCGGUGUUUUAACCGAUAUGUGCGACAACUUUUUUUGUGGACCUUACUUCUGUACCUGGCAAGGUAUCGGUAAAAAGACAGGAUUCAUGUCUUUACUAGCAAUGGUAUGGCGAGAAGAAGAAAUUCGGUUGAAAGUUAGGAGAUACGCCGAUGGUUCUUUAAAAGACGAGGAAGUGCCUCAAAUGGGCAAUAAGCAGUGGUUAGAAACUUAUCAUACACAAUUAUGUGGAAAUAUUAGCCCUGCGAUACUUGAUUUGAUUGGUUCUAUUAGAUCAAAGAUAUACAGUAUUCGUAAAAUUAUUGAAAGAGACAAUGAAAGAUACGACAUGGCAAAGGAGCGUUAUAAAAUAUUGUAUAUUGAUCUUACAAUGGAAGACCGAAUCACAAUAUCAUCCAUAGAUGUUUAUUUUAAAUUAAAAUUAGGCCAAGCAUGGGUAGAAAUUGCUAGAUAUUUUGAGCAAGUUGGUAUCACCCCGCUUGGUAUGGAUGGUCAAACAAUCUUUUUAAUGAUCCAACAAUAUUAUUCAUUUGGAGUAAUGAUAAAAGAAAGGCAGAAAAGAAUAAUGGAAUUAGUAAAAAGAGAAGAGGAAAUACAAGAGAAAGACGAGUAUGCGAGGAUUCGUGACUCUAAGCUUGCUUUAUCGUUAGAUGCAUUCGACGAAUUAGAUUACAUAUAUAGAACAACAAAUAGAGCAUACAUGAUAACGAAAAAAUGUGAACAACAACAGGAGAUUAAUUCAGCUUUGAGUUUUCCACCUGGCUCAGACGAUGCACACUGCCAUAGAACAUUCAUGGAUAAAGCAAUGUUCACGACUAUCUUUGAUCAAGAUCAUACGAUAAUUAGUAGUCUAAUAAAAACGACAAGCCUUGGUCAAACAAAGGUUUUGCCCAUUUCACCUCAUCAUUCAGAUAUUUUUCAUGAUACGUAUUCUCUUGGAAUUUCAUGUUCAUCGUUGUCGAUUAACAGCUUAGAAGAAUUCCACAAGAAGAACGUAACGCGUAUAGAAUAAAAUCAUACGGAUAGCAUUGCUGUAUUCUAAAAAAAUUACUUGUUAUCAUCGUUUGAAAAUACAGAAACCUACAUUACCGAUCGAACUAGUAAGCGAAGUUAUUUAUAUAUUUUAAAACAUUCUUGUUAAUAAACGUUUAAGGAACGAUUAAAAAACAAUAUAGUACCGA